GCUCUUUGAAACGACGCGUGAGGGCAAUUCUCAGGCUUGACUCGGCAGCUACCAAGAUCAUUCUCAAUUCAAAGUUUUUCUCGAUUAUCGCGGUAGAAACUGAGUUAAUAUUUACGUUCUAGAAUACUUUUAAGAUGUUAACGAAACUUUUGCUAACACUCUAUUUACCUUGCAUUUUGGCCAAUCCGAAAAUAGUGAAUAUUGGUGCAUUAUUUGAUGAUGAUGACAUUAUACAGAGUUUAUUCGAUUCGUCAGUGAAGGAUGUGAAUACGAACAAACGUAGAAAUUCUGAAUCGUCUCAUAUAUUUCUGACGGUCACAUCUAAGUAUGUCAACACUGAUGUGUUCCAGGUCUCAACGAAUGCAUGCGAACUCUUCACCCAAGGUAUUUCCGGUAUUUUUGGACCACAAGAUAAAAUAUCAUCGAAACAUGUACAAAGCAUAAGUGAUGCUAUGGACAUACCACAUAUUACUACAAGAUGGGAUGGGUCGCUAGUUCGUGAAACAAAUAUUAAUAUUUAUCCACAUGCAAAGACAUACAGCAUGGCUUUCUAUAAUAUAAUUCUUGAACUCAACUGGAAAUCCUUUAUUCUAUUGUAUGAAAAUAGUGACAGUUUGAUACGCUCAAGUGAAUUGAUAAAAGACUGGGAAGAUAGGCAACAUUCUGUAACACUUCGUCAAUUGGGAUCAGGUCCAGAUUACAAAGAUGUUUUACGAAAAAUCAAGAAGUCAGACGAUUUUAAUAUAGUCGUAGAUUGCGCGCUUGAUGUUCUUCCAGAAUUACUUACGCAGGCACAGCAAAUUGGUAUUAUUACAGAGAGAUAUAGCUUCGUUUUCACGACACUGGACUUGCAGACUUUGGAUUUGGAAUCGUUUCAGUAUUCAGGUGCCAAUUUCACCGGUGUACGUCUCUUGGAUCCCGAAGAUUCAUACGUGAAAAAAAAAUUUGAAUUGCAUCAACAAGAUUGGGGCGUUUCUAGUCCCUCUGAUAUAAAAACCGAAGCUGCACUAAUGUACGACGCUGUACAAGUUUUCGCAAAAGCUUUUAAACAAUUUAAAAAAGCCACUAUUAAGCCCGACGAGAAGAAGUUAUACUGUAACGAAACACUAAGUUGGGAACACGGAAAUACUUUGUCGAACUUCAUAAGAUUGACCGAAAUGAGAGGAUUAACAGGAUUGAUAAAAUUCGAUACAGCUGGCUUCUUGAGUAAUAUUCAAUUGGAUAUUAUAAAAUUGACUACGAAAGGUUUGACAAAAGUUGGAUACUGGAACAGUACCAGUGGAAUCGAGUGGAUACCUCAAAAGCCGGACUAUGAGGAUCUUGAACAGUCGAACCUCUUUAAUAAAACAUUCAUCGUCCUAGUUUCAUUGACAGAUCCAUACGUAAUGCUGAAGGAAUCUUCUCAAAUAAUGACUGGCAAUGAUCGUUACGAAGGAUUUGCCAUUGACAUUAUUGCUGAACUUUCAAAAGUUCUCCACUUUAAUUAUACCUUCGAGUUGCAAAAGGAUACUAAAUAUGGAUCUAAAAAUCCUGAAACCGGAGAAUGGGACGGAAUGAUCGGAAAAAUACAAAAAGAUGAAGCAGAUCUCGCGAUUACCGAUUUGACAAUAACUUCGGAACGCGAGAGCGGUGCUGAUUUUACGAAGCCAUUCAUGCUCGUAGGUAUCAGCAUUCUGUACAGAAAACCUACCAGUGCACCACCGAGUCUCUUCUCCUUCUUAUCUCCAUUUUCCAAAGAGGUUUGGCUUUAUUUAAUCGGAGCAUAUCUAUUGGUCUCUUUGCUCCUAUUUAUCAUAGGAAGAAUGUCGCCAGCAGAAUGGAACAAUCCAUACCCUUGCAUCGCCGAUCCAGAGGAAUUAGAAAAUCAAUUUAGCUUGGUAAAUGCACUGUGGUUCACCAUUGGAAGUAUUAUGCAACAAGGUUCUGAAAUUGCCCCAAUAAGCAUCUCCACCAGAAUGAUUGCUGGCUCGUGGUGGUUUUUCUGUCUUAUUAUGGUGUCUUCGUAUACGGCAAAUUUGGCGGCUUUCCUUACAGUCGAAAAUCCCAUGAAGACGAUAGAAAAUGCCGAACAGUUGGCCAAUCAAAAAGUCAUCAAGUACGGAGCAAAAAGGGACGGCUCGACUUUAAAGUUCUUCAGGGAUUCAAUGGAUCCAAAUUAUCAUAAAAUGUAUACAUACAUGAGUGAAAACGCGGCCGAAGUUCUGAUGAAGACCAAUGACGAUGGCGUGAAAAAAGUAUUAGAUGAGAAUGACAAUUAUGCCUUUUUAAUGGAAUCGACCUCCAUCGAUUACAUAGCAGAGAGACGAUGCAAUGUGACGAAAGUCAACGGUAACUUAGACAACAAAGGAUACGGGAUCGCCAUGAAGAAAAAUGCACCGUACAGAAAUAUUCUCAGCUCUAACGUGCUGAAACUCCAGGAAAGUGGAUUCUUGAAACAGCUCGAGAUCAAGUGGUGGAAGGAAAAGAGAGGAGGUGGAAAAUGCGACGAAGACAGCAGCUCAAGUGGAGAAGCCAGUGAGCUCGGCCUGGCCAACGUGGGUGGUGUGUUCUUGGUUCUCGCUGUAGGGAUCUUUUUGUCGUGCUUCUACACUGCCUGGGAACUCCUAUGGGAUAUAGGAUGCACUGCGUGGAAGGAGAACCUAUCGUUCAAGGAAGAACUGAAGGAUGAAAUGAAGUUCAUUGUGAAGUGUAGCGGAACAACGAAGCCUGUUAGAAGAAGGAAAGACUCGUCAAAUAGAAGCGACGAAGACAGCACGAGGGGUUGUACACCACCCUAUGAAGCUAUACCGACAGUAAUCACUACCUUAUCGACGGAUGAUCUGUAAAGGGUGAUCGGUGUAUAAUUGCUAUCCGUAGGCAACUUGGUCAUCGAACAAAAAGAAAAAACAGUGUUUCGAUUGUAUUUAAACAGUGUAUCGAAUUCGAUUAUUAUUAAUACUUCAAUCGAUUAUGCUACCAUCGCUUAGUCUGUGCACCCUUGUUAUUUUACUAACGGGAUUUCUCUGGGUAUUGCAAAUUCACCUCCCUGCUAUUCCUUAUUUUUUAAUUUAUGCUUUAAUCGGUACUACGUACUGUCGGCGUGACGUACUUAAUUUUGUAUUUGUAAAAUUUAACAACCAUAUAUGCGAUAAAUUAUUUUUGGCUCGACCUCCAUGAAGUAAAUAAUAUAAAGGUACUUGAAGAUUAUAGCGCAACAGCGUAGAAUAAUCGUUAGACCAUUAGGAUCAUUAUCGUGUUUUGUGUAUUCCAUGGUGCCUGGGCAUUAUCGUAUUAAAAAAAAUUCUAAUGAGCUACACGAAAUGUACAUGCUUGAAAUACAACGAAAAGAUCACAUA